AUGGAGAAUAUAUCUUGGUUAAAUGCUUCUAACUCUUCAUGCAACCCAGGGAUAGGCUGUUAUCAUGAGGGCUCAGAAAUGAAACCUACUAACCCAGAACUGUCACCUGACUUCUACAUUAUCCUUCCUAUCAUCUAUUCUGUGAUCUGUGUCGUGGGGCUUACUGGAAACACUGCUGUUAUCUAUGUGAUUCUAAAAGCUCCAAAAAUGAAAACAGUUACUAAUCUGUUUAUCUUAAACUUGGCCAUUGCAGAUGAUCUAUUUACAUUGGUCCUUCCUAUCAAUAUUGCUGAGAUCCUGUUACACUAUUGGCCAUUUGGAGUGGUCCUGUGCAAGAUCAUACUAUCCAUAGACCUUUAUAACAUAUUUUCAAGCAUCUACUUCUUGACUGUAAUGAGUAUAGACCGCUAUCUUGUGGUUCUAGCUACAGUAAGGUCCAAAAGAAUGCCUUAUCGCACUUAUAGAGCUGCCAAAAUCAUCAGCCUUUUAGUCUGGCUACUAGUAAUUAUAAUUGUUUUGCCUUUCACAGUUUUUGCCGGAGUUUAUAAAGAUGACUUGGAAUUCAAGAGCUGUGGUUUAAAUUUUCCAAAACCAGAGAAGAUGUGGUUCAAAAUCAGUCGCCUCUAUACUCUGAUAUUGGGGUUUGCCAUCCCUGUGACCACAAUUUGUGUUUUGUAUAUGGCCAUGUUGUACAAACUACGAAAUAUGAGAUUAAAUUCCAAUGGAAAAGCCCUAGACAAAGCCAAGAAAAAGGUUACAAUCAUGGUUUUUGUAGUUCUGGCAGUUUGCCUUUUCUGCUGGACUCCUUACCAUUUAACAACUAUUGUAUCACUUACCACAGACUUGCAGGAGACAUCUCUGGUUAUUGGCAUAUCCUACUUUAUCACAAGUCUAAGCUACGCCAACUCUUGCCUCAAUCCUUUCCUUUAUGCCUUCCUGGAUGACAGUUUUAGGAAGAGUUUUCGAAAGAUGUUGGAAUGUAGAACACAUUGAAAAUGGGGGUUUAACUUUUAUCAACAUUAUUAAAAGUAAUUUUCUAACAAAAAUG